GAACACUCCUCCCUGCUUCUCAUCUUAAAGCAGCUGAAUAAUUUCCUGAGAAUUCUAUUCCUGAAGCUAGGAAGAAAAGUUUAUUUAUACAUACACGCAACCUGCAAGUCUCCAGUUUCUAUUCUUCCUUCCUCUCUGACCCUUCCCCUCCCCCACUUUGCACCAGAGAAGUCAGACUCCGGGAGUGCUUUAACAGUUUGAAGGCUAAUCUGAAAGAGGAAGAAGAAUCUGUAUAUCUGUAUAUAUUGGCUAGCAAAUGUGCCCUGCUCUCUCCCCUCUUAAAAAUAGCAGCAACCCAUCUUUGCAAAGAAGCUUGCCUAUAGAGCAGGCACUCUGUGAAUGGACUGUGCUUUUACGACCCUGCAGAGUAUCAAGAUACUGUGCAGCUCACCAACAAGGAUUAGUUGCAAGGACUGGUAGAUCAAAUUUACUGAAGACUUGGAGCUUGCUUCUGAGAACAAACGCAAAAGGACAGUAAACUGUGGACCUUGAAGUUAGCAGCGUGGGCUUCCUCUGAUAUUACACCGUAAAAGGUAUUGAUCACCAUAAGAAGGAAUAUUUGUGAAGGUACUCCAGUGCCAGAAAGAGGUCUUGAAGAUUUAGAGGAAGUCCAUCAGAAAAACAUGGGUGGGAAAGGACAAAAAAAGUUUUCUGGAUGCCUGUAGGAUACAGACUCUUCUCCAGAGGACAAGGCACAAAGCAGACAUUCAUAGAGAAAUAUGGAUGAAACAGGAAAUCUGACAGUAUCUUCUGCCACAUGCCAUGACACUAUUGAUGACUUCCGCAAUCAAGUGUAUUCCACCUUGUACUCUAUGAUCUCUGUUGUAGGCUUCUUUGGCAAUGGCUUCGUGCUCUAUGUCCUCAUAAAAACCUAUCAUGAGAAAUCAGCCUUCCAAGUAUACAUGAUUAAUUUAGCAGUAGCAGAUCUACUUUGUGUGUGCACACUGCCUCUCCGUGUGGUCUAUUAUGUUCACAAAGGCAUUUGGCUCUUUGGUGACUUCUUGUGCCGCCUCAGCACCUAUGCUUUGUAUGUCAACCUCUAUUGUAGCAUCUUCUUUAUGACAGCCAUGAGCUUUUUCCGGUGCAUUGCAAUUGUUUUUCCAGUCCAGAACAUUAAUUUGGUUACACAGAAAAAAGCCAGAUUUGUGUGUGUAGGUAUUUGGAUUUUUGUGAUUUUGACCAGUUCUCCAUUUCUAAUGGCCAAACCACAAAAAGAUGAGAAAAAUAAUACCAAGUGCUUUGAGCCCCCACAAGACAAUCAAACUAAAAAUCAUGUUUUGGUCUUGCAUUAUGUGUCAUUGUUUGUUGGCUUUAUCAUCCCUUUUGUUAUUAUAAUUGUCUGUUACACAAUGAUCAUUUUGACCUUACUAAAAAAAUCAAUGAAAAAAAAUCUGUCAAGUCAUAAAAAGGCUAUAGGAAUGAUCAUGGUCGUGACCACUGCCUUUUUAGUCAGUUUCAUGCCAUAUCAUAUUCAACGUACCAUUCACCUUCAUUUUUUACACAAUGAAACUAAACCCUGUGAUUCUGUCCUUAGAAUGCAGAAGUCCGUGGUCAUAACCUUGUCUCUGGCUGCAUCAAAUUGUUGCUUUGACCCUCUCCUAUAUUUCUUUUCUGGGGGUAACUUUAGGAAAAGGCUGUCUACAUUUAGAAAGCAUUCUUUGUCCAGCAUGACUUAUGUAUCCAGAAAGAAGGCCUCUUUGCCAGAAAAAGGAGAAGAAAUAUGUAAAGUAUAGUUUAAAUCCAUUUCCAGUCCAAACCAAUGAAAAUAGUUUCCCAAAUAAGUAUUUUGUCAAAUCAUUUACAAAAAAAUAAAAUUUCUAAUUAAUAUUUUACAAAUAUUUAACUAUUUGGGCCUACAAAUCUAUCUCAUUUAUGCAUCCACAUGAUUAGAUAUUUAUAGAUAUUUUAAGUGCUAAAAAUUCGGUCCAUAACUAUGAACUGAAUUACAAAUAAUUUUGACCAUUCACCAGAAUUUGGAGAAUAUUUGUAUCUUUGCACUAUAAAAUAUGUCUUAUAUUAAAGUUUUCCUCUUCAAAUAAAAGCUUUACAAAGGAUAAAAUAUAUAAAAUUAGUCAAUAUAAAAUAUAUGUAAGCUAAAAGUUAUAAAAUAUAAAAAUAGAUAUAAAAUUGGCAAAUAGUUCUGAAUCAUUCUAACAUAUUCCUUUGCAUGCAUGCCAUCAGAUGAGAACUGGCAAUGACUCAGGAGCUACAUAAAACGUACUGUCACCCUUCUUUGUAGUACUGAUUCGCUAGGCAAAUUAGGGCCAUUUCAUCCAAAAGAGAAUGUAAAAGUGCUAGAACAGACUACUAUUCAGCUAAAGGGUCCUAAAAGCACCAUACAAUGUUCAAUAUGGAAACAGGAGAAAUCUGGUCAAAAGCCAGUUUGUCUCCAAUUUUCUUCUGCCUUUGCCUCAGGCUCCCAAAACUGAAUAGUGGAGUUUUAGCUGCUCAGUGAGGUUCCUGUAGAGAUUUCUCUCCAUCCAUGACAUAUAAUUCUUCCUUAAGAAGUCAGACAACUGGCACUCCUAUAUAUAAACAGAAGUAAUUAAAAAUUUAUCUGAAGAAGAGAAAAGGAAAAGGAAUCUACUUUUCUAUUUGCCAGUUGCUGGGAUCAAAAUAAACUACAAAGGAUUUAUGAAGAAAAUUGUGAAUGUUCAUGUUACAAAUUCUUUUAAGAAAUGCAUACAUUUAUGUAUAUGUAUACAACUAUUAUACAACUAUAUGUAAGAGAUUUUGCUGUAUGAUAUGCAUUAUGGGUGAAAGUUCACUGUAAGUUUUAUUAUUAUUACUUUUUAUUGAUAUGUUGACAGGAAUAUCAUGGAUAUGUUUACAGUGAUUUUUAUAUUACAGUGGACGCUUUGAUCUUAAAACAGCCACAACAACUCAUCUAUGGCUGAAAUAUAAUAUUCGUGGACAAGCUUUUGCUGAAGUGUAGUGUGUCCUUUAACUUUGUUUUUUAAAAGGUACAUUACCUCAGAGGAAAUAAAUGAUAACUAUAAAGAAAAAAGAAA